CUUUUCUCUCACUCUCUCUCUCUUUUCCACCAAGCUACAUAGCUCGCAGAAGGCAGGAUGUUGGAGAAAAAGGUUGAGACUUUCAACAUGAACAGAGUCAUUGACGAGUUCGAUGACAUGACAAGAAACGCAGACCAAGUCCAGAAGCAAACCCUCAAAGAGAUUCUUGAAAAGAACCAAUCCGCUGUCUACUUACAAAACUUUGGUAUCAAUGCGAACACAACUGACCCUGAAGCUUUCAAGGCAUUGGUUCCAUUAGUUACUGAUCUUGACUUAGAGCCUUACAUCAAAAGAAUGGUGGACGGUGACACUUCUCCUAUUCUCACAUCCCGUCCUGUUCCAGCCAUCUCCUUAAGCUCUGGAACUAGUCAAGGCCGUCCAAAGUUUAUUCCUUUCACUGAUGAGUUAAUGGAGAACACAUUGCAACUCUUUCGCACUGCUUUUGCCUUCAGAAACAGAGACUUCCCUAUUGAUGACAACGGGAGAGCGUUGCAGUUUAUCUACAGCAGCAAGCAAUACAUAUCAACAGGAGGUGUCCCUAUCGGAACAGCAACCACAAACGUUUACCGUAACCCUAACUUCAAAGCCGGGAUGAAGUCUAUACAAUCUCUCUGUUGUAGUCCCGACGAAGUCAUCUUCAGUCCCAAUGUCCAUCAAGCCUUGUACUGCCAUCUCUUAUCAGGAAUCCUCUUCAGAGACCAAGUCCAAUACGUCUUUGCCUCCUUCGCUCACGGUCUUGUCCACGCAUUUAGAACCUUUGAACAUGUUUGGGAAGAGAUCGUGACCGAUAUUGAAGACGGUGUUCUAAGCAGCCGUAUCACCGUCCCAUCGGUACGUACGGCAAUGGCCAAGCUGCUGAGAGCUCCUAACCCUGAGCUAGCGGAGACGAUCCGUACCAAGUGUUUGAGUUUGAGUAACUGGUACGGGUUGAUUCCUGCGUUGUUCCCUAAUGCGAAGUAUGUUUAUGGGAUCAUGACUGGCUCCAUGGAGCCUUAUGUGAAGAAGCUGAGACAUUACGCUGGUGAGCUACCUCUUGUGAGUCAUGACUACGGUAGCUCGGAAGGGUGGAUUGCUGCUAACGUUAGGCCGACAUUGUCUCCAGAGGAAGCUACGUUUGCUGUGGUUCCGAAUCUUGGUUACUUUGAGUUUCUCCCUGUGUCGGAAACAGAGGAGAGACCCGUUGGUUUAACUGAAGUCAAGAUAGGACAAGAGUACGAGGUUGUCAUCACAAACUACGCAGGGUUGUAUCGUUACCGCCUUGGAGACGUGGUGAAGAUCGUUGGUUUCUACAACAAGACUCCACAGCUCAAGUUCAUAUGCAGGAGAAACUUGAUUCUCUCCAUCAACAUCGACAAGAACACCGAAAGAGACCUUCAGAUGUCUGUAGAAUCAGCAGCAAAGAGACUCGCAGAAGAGAAGAUUGAAGUCAUUGACUUCUCAAGCCACGUUGAUGUAACCACAGAGCCAGGACAUUACGUUAUAUACUGGGAGAUUUCAGGUGAAACAGAGGAUGAUGUUCUUCAAGAUUGUUGCGACUGUUUAGAUAAAGGGUUUAUUGAUCCUGGAUAUAUGAGUUCAAGAAAGUGUAAGACUAUUGGAGCUUUGGAGCUGAGAGUUGUAGAGAGAGGGACUUUCAGAAAGGUUCAAGAACAUUUUCUUGGGCUUGGUUCAUCGGCUGGACAGUUUAAGAUGCCGAGAUGUGUGAAGCCAAGUAAUGUUAAGGUUCUGCAGAUUCUGUGUGACAAUGUGGUGAGUAGGUUCUUUAGCACAGCUUUUGAAUGA